UGAGCUUGCAACUUCCCAGCAAGGUCCACUCCAGCACCAUGGGAGAUAGCAGCGGUCCUGGAAACACCACGGCCCUUCCAGCUGUGCCCACCAUCUCCACAUGCCCAAUUAGAGGCAGCUUUCGACAUGCUAUCUGUUUGCCUAGUUCCUGCCACAGCAGGACGUGGCAACUGGCCACAUGCCAAGAAAGCUGUCAGCCAUCCAACGGUGCCCCAUGUGGCUGUGAUCCUGCUUCGUGUCAACCUACCUGCCUUCCAGGAACGUCGUGUGUGGGUUUUGUUUGCCAACCUGUGUGCUUCUGCGCAGCCUGCCAUCAGUCCGGCACUGGUCAGUCUCCUUGUCUGGUUAGCUCAUGUCAACCACCCUGCUCGGAAUCUACGUGUUGUCAGGAAGAGUGCUGUGAUGCCAGUCCCUGCCCGCAAAACUCCUGCCGGGAAGCUGGCUGCACGUCUGGGUCAUGUCAGGCAGCUUGUGGCCAAUCAGUCGGCUGUGAUGCUGGACCCUGCCAACCAUCCCGCUCUGAAGUGACCUCCUGUGCUGAAACUUCUUGCCUACCAACCAUCUGUGCAGCUAGCCCAUGCCAACCAACCUGCUGCCAAGGAAGUUCCUGUCAACCUGUCAGUGGUGAAGGCCAGCCCUGUAAAUCAACUUAUUAUCAACCCAUCUGCUAUAUUUUCAAGCCUUGCCAACCAGUCCUCUGCAUGCCUGUUCCCUGCCAGCCAUCAACUUGUGUGUUUGGUUCUUGCAAUACGACUUGCUGCGUGCCUUCCCUUUGCCAGCCACUUCACUGCCAAUCGGCUCCUUCCAUAUGCUUCAUGUACCAGUCAGUGGCUAACUGUCAGGCCCCUUGUUCUGCAAGGAACUGUGGCAAACCAGCUUCCUGUGACACUGUGAUUUCUGGCCAACCAACUUGUGAUGGACCCACUUCCUACAAUCAGAGUGGCUGCAAAUCAGCUUGCUGUGUGACAGGUUUAGGUGCAUCACCCAGUGGUGGCUCCAAUUGCUUGCUGACUUCAUGCCAACCCAGCUGUGAGUCCAGCUUCUGCAAGGGAACACUUUGUUAAUGGAGUACUUCUCACACCUCCUCUGAGGGUCUGCAGCUGUUUAUAAAUGCAUAGCCAUCCCUGGGUGCCUGCAUCCCACUGAGUACAAAUGCUACGUGUUUUCUAACUUUACCCUGAGUCCACCUCCACAUUCUCCCCAGUGCUGACCAGGGAACUUGUUCAGGCACGAAGAGAUCCUUCUUAACCAAGAAUAACCUUUCAGCAACCAUGGACUACCACACUGCUGCUUGCGUUACCUGAUGAUGUCAAUUCAUUUCACUUUGGCAAACCCUCUCUUGUUUCUCUUU